AUGAAGGGUUAUGGUGAAACUGUAACUGAUAAGAUGAUAGUUGAGAAGGUAGUGUGUACGUUGACCUCUCACUUUGAUCACAUUAUCAUAGCAAUUCAAGAAUCCAACACCCUUCAAACCCUACAACUGGAAGAUUUGGUUAGUUCGUUGGAGGCACAUGAUAUUAGGAUCUUCGAAAAGAAAGCAGUUCAAGACUUGAUACAAGCACUACAAGCCCAGUCAUGGAAGAAGAAUGGUGGUUCCAACAAGUUCAAAGGAAAAAUCGACAAGACUCGGGGCAAGAAGUCUUGGUCGAAUCCUCACAAGAAUAAGGUCGACGAUAGAGCUUUUGAAUCCUCAAAAAGAGGAGAAGAAAAUUCCUAUCAGAAAGACAAAGAAGAGGAAAAAGGUGUGCAAUGCUAUAAUUGUGAGAAAUGGGAUCACUUGGCCAAGCAUUAUUGGUACAGGAAAGACAAGGGAUCGGAAAAAGACAAGGAUGAAGGAGAGAAACUUGCACGUCAAGAUUCACAUGCUUAUGAUGAUAUGGUUGUUAUGGAUGCAUUUGCAGAUGACCAUGUCGAAUCCAAGAUCUGGUUCCUCGACUCAGGAUGCUCGAAUCACAUGACUGGUCAAAAAGUAUGGUUAGUAGAUUUCGACGAUUCAAAGAAGAGCAAGGCCAAACUUGCUGAUAAUAGCUCAUUGCAAGCUGAAGGUACUGGCAACAUAAUUAUUCAAAGGAGUAAUGGAGCAAAAGCCUUGAUCAAAGAUGUACUUUGUGUCUCUAGAAUGAAGUGCAAUCGGCUAAGUGUUGGACAACUGGUCGGAAAAGGGUUCUCAAUGGUUAUGAAAGAUGGAGCCUUAGAACCUUUCAACAUCUAG